AUGAAUCGCUCAAAAAAAGGAGGAAAAUAUGUCUCGGCCAUCUUCAUCCACGCCGGCGCCGGUUAUCACCGUCGCGAUUUCGAGAAACCACAUUUGAAGGUGUGCGAAGGUGCGGCUAAGAUGGCAAUGGGCAUACUCCUCAACGGUGGCUCAGCGGUCGACGCCGUUGAAAUCGCGAUUAUGUACCUUGAGGAUGCCGAAAUAACCAACGCCGGCUACGGUAGUAACACGACUAUUGAGGGGACCGUUGAAUGUGAUGCUACUGUGGUCGACCACCUUGGCCGGAGCGGCGCUGUUGGUGCCGUCGCGCAGGUGAAGAAUCCUAUCUCGCUCGCGCGCGCGAUCCUUGAAGCGUCAAAAGAGCCUCUGACAUUACAUCGCGUGCCUCCGAACUUUCUUGUGGGACCCGGUGCUACGGACUAUGCGUAUGAACUAGGGCUUGUAGUCCUCCCCCACGAUGGGCUGAUAUCAACUCCAGCAAGACAGAGGUGGUUGCAAUGGCAAAGGGAGCUCAAAGAAGCUGAUAGCCGACAAAGGGCUCGGUCACAAGGCUCGAACGAAAUCGACAAUGCCUAUUACCGUCGUGCAGUUAGGGGUCAUCCGACUCAGUUGCCCGCGAGCCCUUCCAGCACACAAUCAACAUCAACAAGCUCCGUUAGCCCUCAUGUGGACUCGAAUCACGCUAGUGCAAUAAAUACAUCAAGCGGCAUGCAGUUAGCAUCAGACAACCAGGCCCCAACUGGCAUAAAAAAGGCUAAAAGUGACACCUCAAGCGGUGGCAUGUCUCCAAUUCGAUCGAGCCUCAAUUCGUUUAGAAAUACAAUCUUGCAGCCUAAUCCGCUGAGGGCCGGCAUGCACGCAGGGCAGAUGGAUGUCGAUUCAUCGUCUCUUCCAUCCCAUGGCCGCGAUGGAUCACACUCCGACUUUUUCGGCUGCACAGAGGAUCGUGUCAGUGAUACCGUGGGCGCUAUAGCUGUGGACAGCUUUGGGCACAUCGCAGCAGGUUCUUCCUCUGGUGGGAUUGGAAUGAAGCACAAGGGUAGAAUCGGUCCUGCGGCUCUUAACGGAAUUGGCACCAGUGUCAUCCCCGUCGACCCGAAUGACCCUGAGAAGACCUGCGUUGCGAGUGUCACUUCGGGCACUGGGGAGCACAUCGCUACCACCUUAGCCGCAAGCACCUGUGCUUCGCGGGUCUAUUAUAGUCAUCGAAAACGUUCCGACGGUACCUUUGAAGAAGUACUCGAGGACGAAGCCAUGGGAGCAAUGAUCGCAGCAGAUUUUAUGGGCCAUCCGGGUGUAAAAGCCAGCCAUUGUGAGGGCUCUGUUGGGAUCAUGACUGUCAAGCGGACGGUAGACGGGAUAUAUCUAUACUUCGCACACAACACCGACUCUUUCGUCCUGGCAAAUAUGAGCAGCGAAGAUAAGAAACCGGCUUCUGUCAUGUCUCGAAGUAAUGGGAACGGAAGCAUCGCGCAAGGUGGAAAGGCCUUCCGGGUUAAGAAACUUGCAUGA